AUGUAUUCUAGUGAUGAUUAUAACGAGGGUGGAUAUGAGUCUUAUGGUGAUUACGAACCUCACACAGGAGACCCACAAUAUGAUCUGGAGUACGAUAGAUCGUAUUAUCAAAUGCCUGAUCUGGUCAAAAAAUUCCUGGUAUACUUUCGCAAUAUGAUUACUGAGGGAAUGACUUUUGAGAUCCAAAAUCUUUAUGAAAAUACAUUCCCUAAACUCACAGAGCAGUACUUUGAGAAUACUCCUUGGCCUGAUGAGAAAGAAGUAGCACCAAUUGUGGACAAUGACCAUGUUUUUAUGAUUCUGUACAAAGAACUCUACUUUCGUGAUAUAUAUGCUCGUGUGCCUGGAGGUCCAAAACCUGAGCAGAGAUUUUUGUCAUUCUAUAAUUAUUGUGACUUAUUCAAUUAUAUAUUAUCUGCUGAGACACCCGUUCCAUUAGAGUUGCCUGACCAAUGGCUCUGGGAACUUAUUGAUGAAUUUGUUUACCAAUUCCAAUCUUUUGCUCAAUAUAGGUCUCGUACUUCUAAACUGAGCCAGGCUGAAAUUGAGAACUUAAAUACUGAAAAUAAAGCUUGGAAUGUUCUUUGCAUUCUUAAUGUUCUUCAUUCCCUUGUUGAUAAAUCUAAUAUCAAGCGUCAACUGGAGGUGUAUGCUGCUGGUGGAGACCCUGAUUCUGUGGCCGGUGAAUUUGGUCGUCAUUCCCUGUACAAAAUGCUCGGAUACUUUUCCCUAGUUGGCCUUUUGCGUUUGCAUUCUCUGCUUGGAGAUUACUAUCAAGCUAUUAAGGUACUUGAAAACAUUGAGUUGCACAAGAAAUCGCAGUACUCGCACGUACCGGCGUGCCAGAUAUCCACCUCGUACUACGUGGGUUUUGCAUACAUGAUGAUGCGUAGAUAUGCCGACGCCAUACGAACUCUAUCUUCAGCACUACUCUACAUGCAACGCACCAAACAACUGUUCUCAUCCCGCUCGUACCAGAACGACCAGAUCAACAAACAGACGGAACAAAUGUACCAUCUAUUGGCUAUUUGCUUGGUGUUGCACCCCCAAUGUGUUGAUGAAUCUAUUCAACAGGUGCUUCGUGAGAAGAACUACCAUGAGAAGAUGUUCAAGAUGCAAUAUGGUGAUUUGGGCGAGUUUGAAAGUUGCUUUACAUUUGCUUGCCCCAAAUUCCUCUCACCGUGCCCUCCGCCCAUCGAGCCCGGAUCCAACUAUGGCCGUGAUGCUGUAAAGCAUCAGACUCAAGUGUUUAUGGAUGAGGUCCGUCAGCAAAAAAUGUUGCCAACCAUCCGUUCCUACCUGAAGCUGUACACGACCUUACCGCUCGCCAAGCUGGCGGCCUUCAUGUCGGCGGCGCGCGGCGGCGAGCGCGACGCGGCGCGCGAGCACGCCGCCCUCGCCAUACAUCUGCUCUGCUUCAAGCACAAGAUGAAGAACGUGGUGUGGACCAAGGGCCCCAGUGGCUUGGAUGGAAAGUUCCAGAGCGGUUCCGAGUUGGAUUUCUACAUCGACAAUGAUAUGAUCCACAUUGCCGAUACGAAGGUAGCGCACCGCUACGGUGACUUCUUCAUCCGCAAACUUCUCAAGUUCGAAGAACUCAACCGAAAACUACACCAUAUUAAAAUU